AGUAGUUGGGUAAAAAUAAACAAGAAUGGCUGUGUGGCAACAGGUACUCGCAUUGGAUGCAAAAUUCAAUGCAUACAGAUCUCCCAACAACCCUCAAUUCAGAACACUUUACAUCAGAAGACGAAGUCAGCUUCUGAGGGAAAAUGCUAAAAAUGAGAAAGAUGCUUCAUCAAGAAAAGAGUAUCUCCGCUUGCGGGCACAACUUCUUAACUCUCGCUAUGGAAGUCCAGCAUUCUCAGAUCAAGGAAGUAUUAAAAGUAGAUCAUUCAGCCUGCGGAGCAUAAGCAGAAACACUGAGAGCCUGGAAUCUAUGAUAGCUGCUGGCAAUGAUACAAGGAAGUUCUAUCAUCACCAUCGGCGCCACUUAAGUAGUGGUUCAUUCAAAUACUUGUACGAGGGCCCUAUGAAGCAUGUUUAUGAUAGCAUUGAGGUUGUUCCAACUAGUGUAGCAGAGGCAAGCAAAGCAAUGGCAGGAGGAAAAAGUCUUUCAGAAAACUAUGCUUUUACUGGAAUGCAUCACAUUUUUGAUCAGCAUUCAGCUUCAGUCACUAGUGUAAAAUUUGCCAAUGAUGAUAGGUCGAGAGUUGCUUGCUGUUCAUUGGAUGGAACCUUGUCAAUAUGCCAGGUGAUCCCUCCCCCAGCAACUGUUAUAUGUAUGCUUAAAGGCCAUAGGGCAGGAGUUACAGAUUUUGUUUGGUCACUGUCCAAUGAUGUCAUCUUGUCCGUGUCACUGGACGGGACAGCCAGGCUGUGGGACGUGGCCGCAGGAACCUGUAUGAGGGUCAUAGAGGACAGCAACAACUCAGAACUGCAGUGUUGUGUUUUUCAACCGCUCAACAACAACAUGUUUGUUACAGGAAGCAGUCGUAGCCAGGUGCAAGUGAUGAAUAUGUCAACAGGCAAAGGAUACAAGGGUGGAAGCAGUAAAGUCACUGGGAAAGUGAAUGCUUUGACUUUUGAUGCCAGUGGUCACAUCUUGUGGGCUGGAGAUGAAAGAGGCGCAGUUUAUUCCUUUACAGUGGAUGUCGCAACAGGAAAGUUGACCAAGACAAGGAGACUAACUGUGUCAGAAGGUCACCCAAUUACUAGCCUGUCUGCCCGGGCAUGGAUCAGCAGAGAGGCCAGGGAUCCUUGUUUGUUGGUUAAUUGUUGUAUCAACUCACUCUCUUUAUUUCGGAUUGUAUCAGAAGAUGGAGCUCUUCAACUUAAAAAAUCUUUCUCCAUCAAGCAGCGUAGUUUGUGUAUCAAGAGCACAUUCUGUCCCCUCAUGUCAUUUAGACAAGGGGCUUGUGUCAUAUCUGGCAGUGAAGAUAUGUGUGUUUACUUCUUUGAUGUAACAAAAGAGAGCAAGCCAUGUGUGAACAAGCUCCUAGGUCACUCUGCCCCAGUGUUGGAUGUAGCUUUUAACUGUGAUGAAAGUUUGUUAGCAUCCUGUGAUGCUAAUGGCAUGGUUAUUAUUUGGAAAAGGGAAGGCAAACAAGGGACGUUAUAAAACUUACAGUUGUCUUUCCUGCCGCCCGCCCUCCAACAUUCCAUUGAAGUGCCUGUAAGUACCAGAGGAUGAAGUCUGGGGCUCAAGAAAAGCUGUGUGGACCAGAGAAACGAGUCCUAACUUUAAUUAUGAGAUCUACAUUCCAUGAAGGCAAUUUUACACCAGAUCUUUUCCUGUGUACAGCACUUUGUUAUAUUUUACACAGUACAAUGUGUUUGUGAAAUCCAGAUAAAUUCUACCAUAUCCUUUAAGACAAGUUUAUUGGAUAAACUCUCAGAAACCUCCAGUUUAGUUUUAUAAACUGGUUAAUGUUCUAGUCUUGAAUGUAAAAACUCACCUUUUCCAUAAAGCAUUUGAAUUAUAUAAAAUCUUAUGUAGUUGUAACAAUAAUAAAUAAAUUACUUUUUUUAUAACUC